AUGUCGUUCUACGGACAAAGUGGCUCUCAAGCAGCCGGAACUAAUCACAGAAGAACAUGGGACGAGAAAGAAUAUUCGCUCGCUGCCCAGCAACGCAUGCUCGAUGAAAAAGAGGCGGAGGACAUUCGAACCGGCAAAAAGAAGAAAGAUGAGCCAAAAGUGAAACGAGAAAUGUUAAAAGCCAGAGAGUAUAAAGUCGAUUUGGACUCGAAAGUCGGAAAAUCCGUGGUCAUCACAAAAGCGACACCAUCGGCUGAGACUGGAGGGUUCUAUUGCGACGUUUGUGAUUGCGUUGUGAAGGAUUCGAUAAACUUUUUGGAUCAUAUCAACGGAAAGAAUCAUCAGAGAAAUAUUGGAAUGUCGAUGAAAACGAAGAAGAGUACAGUUGAUGAUGUGAGGGAUCGGUUUAGGUUGCUCAAGGAGAAAAAAGAACGCGAGAAAAAGGAGGCACAAGUCGAGCAGCUUCUGGAAGAUGUUCAAGAAGAGGAGGCAAGAAUGGCGGAUUAUAAGAAGGAUAAAAAGGUAGAUCCAAGUAGAAAAAGGAAGAGAGAUACACGAAAAGAUGAAGAAGAAGAGGAGGAAGAGGAGGAUGACGAUGGUUUGGAUCCAGAACUUCGAGCGAUGAUGGGAUUCUCUGGUUUUGCCACUAGCAAACGAUAA